AUGGCAAAUACAUCAACCCCAUCAUUCUUAACUGAUUGCACAAUCCUUUAUGCACGGAAUGAUGAUGUCAGUGCUAUCAAUAAUGCCGCAUUGAAUAUUUUUCCAGGGAAUACAUAUACUUAUCUUGCUACAGAUAAGAUUGCUGAAGAUGAUAAAAUUGAUCCUUCCAUUACAAACAUAUAUCCUAAUGAGUAUUUAAAUUCAUUAGAUCCUUAUGGGCUACCAGCUUUUAAGGUAGAGUUGAAAGUGAGUUGUCCUAUAAUGUUACUAAGAAACAUUGCAUCGAAAGAUGGACUGUGUAUCGGCACAAGAUUGAUGGUUUCAAGAUGCACAUCUUUUGAUCGUAUAAGUAUUCUCUGCUCUAAGGAUGAGCCAGAUUCCACUACAAAUAUUGUUUAUCCUGAAGUUUUGUUAUAG